AAACGUGGCCUCCACUAUUAUCUCCUAAUUUUUAAAGUGACGCUAGAUAUAGUCCAAAGAUUACAUUCGUGGAUCUCAGAAGUGGUGUAAAAAGACUCGAAAAGAAAAAGACUGGGAUGAAAUGGAAAGGGCUCAGGAGAUGUCAUUUGUCUGGCCACAUCAUUCUGUUGAUAUAGCUGAACGAGUGCUGGCGAGCGAACAAUCUUGCGUUGUUUGUGUCUCAAGGGACAAGUCUAAAACAUUCAUUGCAUUCAAUGUGUGUCAAGAGUUUUGGAGAAGAAACGUGAAAUGUGGCAAAAUGAUUCUGUUGGUGGAUGAUGAGAAAGCCACCAUUGUGGAGCCUUUCCUAACAGGAAUAUCAAACCAAAGUCUCCUGUCUGUAAAAGCAUUUUUCAAGAAACCAGGUGUUGAAGAUGAGUGGAACUGCAGUUUCUCCAUGUGCGACAUAAUAGUAACAACAGGAGAGGCUUUUGCACAGAGGUUGAUCGCUAGAACAAUGGAAUUGUCAUUAUGCAGUUUAAUUAUUUUUGACCAAUGUCACCUUGUCUUAAAUCAGGAGCAUCAUUUUGCUAUUAUACUUCAGAAAAUGAAAGAGAGUAAUCUUGAAUCUAGACCACACAUUAUGGGCCUUUCAUCACAAAUUCUUUGUCAUCAAGAUUGUUCAGAAGAUAUGGAAAUCUUUUUAACCUCACUGGAGCAGAUUUUUAAUUGCAGAACACUAAUUUCUAGUGAUCUUCUGGCUUUGAACCAAUAUGGAGAAUACACUGAAAUGGAAAUUGGUUGUUUUAUUUGUAGUCAUGUUCAGGAUCCACAUAUUUUCAAUCUAAGCAAAAUUUUUGAAAGAGCUUUAUUCUUUCUAAAAGAUUACAGAAUGAAUCAGGUGACUGAGACCUGUGUAAUAUUUGCAAGACAUAUUUUGACUGAGGGCCACAGGGUUCUUUUAUUGUUGGGAUCGUGGUGUACCUGGUACAUGGCAAAAAUAACUGUUAGGGAGAUUGACAAGCUGGAGAAGAAGUCUGUGGACUGUGAAAUUGUGCUUAUUUUGCAAUUCUGUAGAACGCAGAUUAGGUUAGUCAUAAGUAUUUUAGAACAAGAAAAGUUGGAAGUUUCCGUGAAUGACUUAACUGAUCUUGGAUCAAUACUUCUUUCUCGCACAUCAAUGCAUCUAAAACCUGAACAUCAGGAAGUAAAUAACUCAGUGCCAACCUUAGGUACUAAUCAGGGGUUAUAUGAAGAACCUCUCCAAUCCUGUGAAUCAUGUCUCAUAGACAAGGUUUCAUCAAGUGAAAGUCAAGACAUUCUUCAAGGCCCAAACACUCAGUCUUUGAACUUGCAAACAUCCUAUGGCACUAAGAAUCAGUGCAAUGACCCUCUGUGUGUCAUUCUUGUUCCAAGCACAAUCAUUGCUAAGGCACUGAAUUCUCUUCUUAACAAACUUUCUAAUGCUGUAGUAAAGUACAGUUUCCUUAAGAGUGCAUGCAUUCAUGGUAAUAAAGCAAAAGAAGAAAUGAAAGAGUCUAGCUUUUCUGAUGAAGUAGACGAAAAUGUAAUGGUGUGUGUUCAAGAUGGCUCUUUUAAUGUUCUGAUUGCAACAUUUGAAAUUGAACAAGAACUGUAUGCCAAGAGAUGUAGUCUGUUGAUUCGUUUGGGUAUGCCGAACACUUACGAGAAUUAUUACAGUGUAAAGAGCAAACUUAAGUCCGCUGGAGGCAGUCUUGUAGUUCUUGUGAGAGAAGAAGAACUGGCUGAGACAGAAGCAAAAUACCAGAUUUUUCAGAGGAUUGAGAAACUGUUAUGGGAGAGGUGUCCAAAUAGCCGGCCUCCUGGCCAUGAGACAAGGAAACUGUUUCAAGAAAGCCAGGCAGAUGUCUAUCAACCCUUAGGCGAAGGAGGUGCUAAGGUUGAGCUUCUCUCCAGUAUUGCUCUUGUUAACAGCUAUUGUGGCAAGUUCCCCAGCAGUGGAGUGGGUUAUCCAGUACCUGUGUGUAGAAUGCAAGAAGUAUGGUCUAACAAGGAAGUACAGUUUGUCGCUACACUGUUCCUUCCCCGGAACUCUCCUGUUUACCAACCCAUAAAGGGCAGUGUAACACUGAAGACAACUGACAUUAAUGAGGAUACAAUGAGAAAAGCCAAAGUCAAGUCUGAAAUGUUGGCUGCUCUGGAGGCUUGUCGACUGUUGCACAAAAGAGAAGAACUAACUGACGAUCUUCAACCUUUAUUCAGGUGGCACGCUUAUAAUCUCACGGUUCAACAUGAACCGUGUGACUGUGAAGUUGCCGAUGGUGGGGUUGGAGUAGACGGAACAGUUACGAGAAACCGAGCUUACAAGAGAAAGUUCCCUACCCUGCUAGAAAACAAUUUCCCCGUUUGUGGUGAACCAUGCUAUGUCUACUCGCUCACCAUGGAGUUGACCAAACCGUGGAACUUUGAACGUGCUCUCAGGUCAAGAAGUAAAGCAAAGGCGACCUCAGAUUCUUACAGUAUUGGGGUUCUAUCCAGGAAACCAUUACCCAAGUUGCCUCGUAUUGCAAUAUUUGACAGAGCAGGGGAAGUAACUGUGACUGUCACUGAGUGCUGUCCACAAUCUAUUUUCCUGACCGCUGACCAGCUUUCACUCCUGCAGAGAUUCACCGAGUAUGUCUUCAAGGAGAUCGCAAGACCGAAAAAGGAAUCUUCAGCUACGUUCUUAUCGUUUGACCCAACCAUUGCCUUUUCUGGUUAUUACAUCUUAUUUCUAAAGGAUGCCUCCAGUAGCCGCUCUCUCGCAGGACUUUCUUCAAACAAUCACAAGGAAGUUGCGUUUGAUUUCAUGUUCUCCUUAGAGGACAAACUAGGCUGCUUUAAAAAUCCUGUCUAUUCCGGGCCACCUGACAUCACCGACGCUGAGAUUUUCAGAGAUACAGUUGUAACGGCCACAUACAACGAGAAACGAAGCCAUUACUAUGUGGCUGACAUAUGCUACGAUCUCAGCCCAUCAGACCCAUUUCCAAAUAUUGAAGUAGCUGGUACAUUUGCAGAGUACGUUAAAAUUCGUUACGAUGUGGAGGUAUCCCUGGACCAACCCAUGCUAGAUGUGGAUCACACAUCAUCCCGACUGAACUUCCUGUUACCGAAUUAUGAGAACUUCAAAGGACAACACCCGCGUAUACCAGAGAAGAAUUCCAAGCGGUCAAGGAAGUCGAAGGUGUACCUGAUUCCUGAGCUGUGUUCCAUUCAUCCGGUGCCAGGACACCUCUGGCGGCAGCUAUCUAAUCUGCCAGCUGUGCUGUAUCGUAUCGAAUCGCUUCUGGUUGCCGAGGAGCUAAGAUGCUGGGUUGUUAGGGAUCUUGGUAUAGGAGUUGUGGAUUGGCCAAAGGAUGUUCCACUGCCACCGGUGACAGUUGGAGAGACGAUGGGUGAGGAAAUUCUGCCUGCAAUAGGGUCCUCUGCAGUAGAGUCAAACGGCAAAAGGUCCUCCCAGGUGGCCUUGGUCAACCUGACCUCUCCUUUCUCCGCACAGCUACCGGAAGUGUUUAUGGAUCUCAAGAUCUCCAAUCAAGUAGAACUGACUGAGAAAUCUGCUGCCAAAAGCCUUGCCGGGGGGCUCUCUAAUGGCGCCAGAGAGAGCUGUUUGUCAAUGAGCUCUGAGACCUUUCUUGUUGAACAUUCUUGCGCUGAAACGGAGUGCAAACCACUCUUUCGUCCAGCACCUCAUCAAGGUCUCCUGAUCCCCAGUAAAGAAAAAGAAGAUUUUUGGCCAAAUAAGUUGUCUGACUUAAAUGUACCCCUUCCAACAGAGCGUAGAGCAUUUGAUUGCGAUUCAAUACCAGCAAAUGACAAAGAAAGCGAGGUGUCUGCUGUCUCAAUUUGGACCGACCCGGUUCUUUCGAACCUGUACCGAACCUGUGGCCCGCCGUCAUCGUUGAUUUUACGUGCUCUAACAACAACCUUGGCUGGAGAUGUAUUUUCUCUCGAGCGUCUUGAAGUUCUUGGCGAUUCAUUUGUGAAGUAUGCCAUUUCUUCUUCUGUUUUCUUCAAACACAGGUACGAGAACGAAGGGGUUCUAUCGUUCCUCCGGGGUAUUAAAGUAAGGAACCGGCAACUGUUUUAUCUGGCAAGGCAACGUGGUCUCCCGUCCUACAUGUUCACCCGAGUGUUCAACCCUUUGGUAAAUUGGCUGCCGCCUGGAUUCUAUCUUGACAACGACAGCAACGCUGAAAACUCGGGUUACGAUCAUCAUAGCGUGAUUUCUGACACAUUUCUUGAUGAAGUUGAUGACGAGGAAGAUGAUGAUAGUAUUUUCGCGGAGACGGAAAGUUCAGGUUACAACUCUGAUUGUCGGCAAGGCGAAUCUCCUGAUGUCCAACUGAACUCUUACCUUCAUGUCUGUUGUUCUGAUAAAUCCAUUGCUGAUUGCACCGAAGCCCUUAUGGGGGCAUUUCUUUUGUGUUUUGGAUAGGAUGGAGCUUUCAAGUUUCUGGAAUGGUUGGGUAUGGAAAUAGAGAGAGACGAGAAAGAUGAAAACUUAGUGCACAAACCAUCUUCUGAUGAUUCCGCUGGCGAUGCAGUUCCAAAACCAGCCUCAACCAUGUGUCAUCACUAUACGUCCCAUGUACCUCAGCAAGCUUCUGAAACAUUGCAAGAAAACUUGUCCUUGUUAGACGACGAAACUGUUCCUAGUGCAUCAAUCGGUAGGCUCUCUUCAGAACAUGAGUCGACAGCUGACGAGUUCAAGGAUGUGGAGGAAGCUCUACACUACCUCUUCCAUGACAAAUCUCUGUUAGUGCAAGCCUUCACCCAUAGUUCCUUACCUGGGGACUAUAACUCAGUUAGAAACAGCUAUGAACAACUGGAGUUCUUGGGAGAUGCAUUGUUGGAUUUCCUAGUGACGCGUUAUUUGUACGUAAAUCACAGACACAUGUCCCCAGGCGAGCUGACUGAUCUGCGAACUGCUUUGGUAAACAACUACAGUUUUGCUGUUCUGGCUGUGAAAUUGGGAUUUCCUAGACAUUUGAGGUCCUGCUCUCCACAGCUGUUCGGCAUGGUGAACAAGUUUAUGGUGAAGCUGAAAGAGAAAGAGAGGAAGCAUGCAAGAACGCAUAGGAAGAAUGACGAGAUUUAUUCCAGUGUUUUUGUGAUGGAAACCGAGGGAAGAGAUGAUCCUGAGCAGGUGGAGUUACCUAAGGUGCUGGGCGAUCUGUUUGAGGCUGUCGCUGGUGCCAUGUAUCUGGACUGUGGUGCAGACAUUGAAAUGGUGUGGGAAGUCUAUCUGCCGAUUCUCAAGCCCUCGAUGGAUUACUACUCAGAGCAUCCUCCCAUGUCAGCCAUUCGGCGAUUGUUGGAGAUGAAGCCUUAUGCAGCCAAGUUUUCGCCGGUAGAGAGAAUGGUGGAUGGUAAAUUCAAAUGUACCCUUACUGUAACAGGUUGUGGAACUUUCGUUGCCACGGGAAGAAAUUUCCGAAUUGCAAAAUCAACAGCUGCCCAGAAAGCCCUAAGGGCUCUUCAGCAGAUGGAGUCAGAGACAUAAUCCCAAAAAUCAAUCGUCACUGAUUUUUGUAUGUUUUUAUUUGUUUUGUUAAACUUCGCGCGAGUAGUAAAACUCCUGCUCCAAAGUAGCUUUUAAAGGACCCAUAACGUGGUUAUUAAAUUUAGUUGAAUGUUUUCGUUACUAAUUUUUUUAUUGCAGAAAAGGAUUUAUUUUUGACAGGUUCACUUUUUUUAGCUUGUUUUUUACACCAACAUUGUUCGGGCAGAGUUACUCUUGUUAUGCAGUCUAUUUUAUCGGUAUAAAGAGAUUUUAACCCUCAAUUUUUAUUUUUUUAUUUGUUCGGUAUUCCUUAUUGAAAUUAUAACAUUACUGCCACUUCCCAGUGGACAGUGAGAGAAUUUUAUUGCUGUGCGAGAAUAUAUUUUUAGUAUUACAUUUUAUGGUUUAUACGGAGCACGCAUUCCAUAAUAAAUUACCUAUUAUUACUUCGAAUUUCUUUUACAAGCGAACUUUUUUUAACAUGUGUUAUGUAUAUAUCAGCCUUUAUGCUAAUGUAUAUACAGUUUUAUUAAAAUUACAAA